AUGAUUAACACUAUAUCAAAAGAGACAUUAAAUGAAUACACGUACAACAAAAUACCUUUUGAAACAGCAAGACUGGUGUUUGACUUCUUAGUUUUUGAUCUGAAUAAUCAUUAUUCCAAAAUCAAGUUCUUAUCUCGAGAAUUUGUGAAACAUGAAGUUUCUCAAACAUUAAUGGAGAAAAUAAAGCAAUGCAUAUCAUCUGUUAAAUCUCAUUUUACUGAUUACACAGCAAAUCAAUCAUUUUUAUCUCCAAAACAGUUAAAGAUGAUAUAUUCCGUUGAAAGAGCCAAGUAUUUUAUCUCACCUAAAAAGGUUGAAAAAAUCAAACAAUUAAUUGCAAAAUCUUCAACAUAUAAUCAAAACACAAGUGGAUCAACUGUGUCAAAUGUGGUUCUUGAUUCAAUUCUUGACUCUGUUGAUCCAAAAAUUUAUCAACUUCUAAAUAUCAACAAAAACUAUACAGGAAACGAAAGAAAUAAUAGUCCACAGCCAACUAAGAAAGCUUCCCAAAAUUUUGAUCCUUGGUAUCUCCCACAAGAACAAAAUCAAAAUGUUAAAGUUGUAAAUGAAUCUUCUUCUGAUUUUGAUUUUGUUUUUGAAAAAGAAGCAGAAGAAGAAGAUGCAGAAAGAAAUUAUCUACAAUUUUUGCAAAACGAAGAAAAUCCUUUGGAUCAAGUUUUUUAG